AUGCCUGACAAACCCGGAACUGUCGCCGCAUAUGCGGCCGGAGCCUCUUUGGCUGCCAUUACCCUGUUUUACGUCUUCGGGCCGAACUUCACCAUCGACGGCGAGGAGUCGAGCAAUAGUGAUCGGAAGAAGGGCGUAGUGGGCCUGUCGAAUCCCGCCAACGAUUGCUUCAUCAACUCGGUCCUCCAGGCUCUAGCUGGCCUCGGCGAACUGCGCGUGUACCUUAUCCGCGAACUGCAUCGGCGAGAACUAGACGGACCCGAUGCUUAUAACCAGCUGUCCGGCCCCGACGAGCCGUCGACGCAGACAAAGCACAAGCUCGCGCCGCAGAGGCGGCGAGAACUGCAACAAGGAACGGUUACUCUGGCGUUAAAGGAGAUGCUUGAUCGCUUGAAUGAGCGGCCAAUCUACAAAAAGACCAUCUCGGCGCGCCCGUUUAUCCAAGCGCUGGAAUAUGCGUUUCGCACUCGGAUCAGUCGUAACCAGCAGGAUGCGCAUGAAUUCCUGCAGAUCGUUGCAGAGCGUCUCUGUGACGAAUAUCACGCGGCAGUCAAGGCAAGACAGCGAGCACAAGGAGGCGGCGCGGAAGCGGAUGAGGAGAUUGCAGAGAAUGAAGUCCCCGCGGAGGUUUCCGUGCGCAUCGACGAUGGAUCCAAGGAAGGGCUGCCUGCAAUCAUCGAUAACAAGCUGAAGGAAAUCGAUAACGAACAUGGCUUCCCGAUGGAAGGGCAGCUUGAAUCGCAAAUCGAAUGCCAAUCCUGCCAUUAUCAGUACCGUCCAAACAAGACUUCUUUCGUCAACCUCACGCUGCAAGUGCCCCAAAAGAGUUCUGCAACGCUGAGCUCUUGCUUCGAUGGUCUGCUAAAGACUGAGUACAUUGACGACUUUCGAUGUGACAACUGCCGGCUUCGACAUGCGCUGGAGAGCAAAAUCCUGGCAAAAACCAAAGCAGCGUCAGCUGCCGAGAAGGAAGAUCUGGACGCACAAAUCUCCAAGAUCCAACAGGCCCUCGAAACGGAUCCAGAGCAGGCUUUGGAAGGGGUCGCACUCCCUGCCGCCGAGUUGGCUCCCAAACGCCGAAUUGCGCGCCACAUGCGGAUCACGGUGUUUCCCAAGAUCAUUGCUAUUCACUUGUCACGGUCGAUCUUCGACCAGAGCAGCUCCACCAAGAAUGCCGCCAAAGUGUCCUUCCCAGAGCGUCUCCCGCUGGGGGGGAUCCUCAGCCGCAAAUGGUAUAAGCUGCUAGGAAUUGUUUGUCACAAGGGAAGUCACCAUAGCGGGCAUUACGAGUCCUUUCGCCGAAGCCACAUAUAUCCACCUUUCUCUACGCCCGACGCGUUUCGAUCCUAUGCAGAGAGUCGGGCUGGUAGCGAGAACCCGUCGGUGGCUGGUAGUCCACGUCUUCCGGCUACAAAGAAAUUAAGUCAUUCUUCUGUUGCGGGCAUCGACGCCAGCCCUCUCAGCAUCUCUCCAGCCGACUCGUCUCUUUCGCUGUCGAGCAGCAGCAAUAACCACGCAUCGCCAUCGCCUCCAACCGCACAGUCCCCGUCAAUAUCCACGCAUUCGCGGAAGUCGGUCAGUGGCACGGCAUCGCCCGCCACGCGCUCUGUCGAGGUGCUGGAUGGAGACGAGCCAGAAAACACGCCCCAUCGCACAUCAUCGGUGCGGUUGAGCAUGUCAAAACAACGCCCAUCAUCUGCACAGCGACUCUUAUGCAGACGCAAGACGAUUGAACGCUGGUGGCGCAUAUCAGACGACAAGGUCAAGGAGUGCAAGACUAGUGACGUCCUGGGCAUGCAGAAGGAGGUAUAUCUUCUUUUCUACGAGAUGGAAAAGCCCGCGCCAUCGUCUGCGCCGAUGAAUUAA